AUGUUUUUGCUGAACGAGAACGAGGAAUCCCCCAAGGAUAUCCUCUUGAACGAGCUCAAGUACAAAAUCCGAAUGCUGGCCGGGAUCGUCUUCGUUAUCAGGACCAUCCCCAUGGUUGUAAGUUUAUUCAGCAAGAGCGCCGAC